GCUCAGCAUCACCCAAUGCCCUACUGCUGGGAGUCUGUCAGGAGAACAGCAGAAACCCGGAGACGUAUGGAGAACCAUGUGAGGAACAUUGCUGGGGCAAAGGACGCACGCGGGGAACACGGACGUUUGCCUUUCCCAGGAUGGAUCAGAGGAAGAACUGGCCUCGGGUACUGGACUCCGACGGCUGGUCAGUGGCUUUAGUCUGUCUCUUCUUGGCAUCGCUUUCCCGGAACGUGUCCAGCAAUGCCUUGUUCAGCACCUUCCACUCUGAGAACCGGGACUGGACUUUCAACCACCUGACCGUCCACCAGGGCACUGGAGCAGUCUAUGUUGGAGCCAUCAACCGGGUUUACAAGCUUUCAGGCAACCUGACCAUUUUGGUGGCUCACAAGACUGGUCCUGAGGAGGACAACAAAUCUUGCUACCCACCCCUCAUUGUCCAGCCAUGCAGCGAGAUCCUGACCCUCACCAACAACGUCAACAAGCUGCUGAUCAUUGACUACUCUGAGAACCGGCUGCUGGCUUGCGGGAGCCUCUACCAGGGGGUCUGCAAGUUGCUGCGCCUGGACGACCUCUUCAUCUUGGUGGAGCCCUCCCACAAAAAGGAGCACUACCUCUCCAGUGUCAACAAGACGGGCACUAUGUACGGCGUGAUUGUGCGCUCAGAAGGUGAGGAUGGGAAGCUGUUUAUUGGCACGGCAGUUGAUGGGAAACAGGAUUACUUCCCCACUCUGUCCAGCCGCAAACUUCCACGGGACCCAGAGUCAUCAGCCAUGUUGGAUUAUGAGCUCCACAGUGACUUUGUCUCAUCCCUUAUCAAAAUCCCCUCAGAUACGCUGGCCCUUGUUUCGCACUUUGACAUCUUCUAUAUCUAUGGUUUUGCCAGUGGCAAUUUUGUCUAUUUUUUGACUGUCCAGCCAGAGACCCCAGAGGGAGUCUCCAUCAACUCUGCCAGUGACCUCUUUUACACGUCUCGUAUUGUCCGUCUCUGCAAAGAUGACCCCAAAUUCCAUUCGUACGUCUCUCUGCCCUUUGGCUGUGUCAAAGGGGACACAGAAUACCGCCUCCUGCAAGCUGCUUACCUCUCAAAGCCGGGAGACGUGCUGGCCAAGUCCCUCAAUAUUACAGCCCAGGAAGAUGUCCUCUUUGCCAUUUUCUCCAAGGGGCAGAAGCAGUACCACCAGCCACCAGAUGAUUCUGCGCUCUGCGUCUUCCCCAUUCGCACCGUCAAUGCUCAGAUCAAGGACCGCCUGCAGUCUUGCUAUCAAGGGGAAGGCAACCUGGAGCUGAACUGGCUGCUGGGGAAAGAUGUUCAGUGCACUAAAGCGCCAGUUCCUAUUGAUGAUAAUUUUUGUGGGCUCGACAUUAACCAGCCUCUAGGAGGCUCUACACCAGUGGACGGAGUGACUCUCUUUACCUCCAGCCGGGACCGGAUGACUUCUGUUGCUUCGUACGUCUACAAUGGCUACAGCGUGGUGUUUGUGGGGACUAAAAGUGGCAAGCUGAAGAAGAUCCGAGCAGAUGGUCCUCCCCACGGUGGAAUUCAAUAUGAAAUGGUCACAGUUUUCAAGGACGGGAGCCCUGUCCUUCGAGACAUGGCCUUCUCCAUUGAUCAGAAGUAUCUAUAUGUCAUGUCGGAAAGACAGGUGUCCCGGGUGCCUGUUGAGUCCUGCGAGCAAUACACGACCUGCGGGGAGUGCCUGAGCUCGGGGGACCCGCACUGCGGCUGGUGCACGCUUCACCACGCAGAGAAAACCCUCAAUGUCGAGAGGAGAGAAAAGCAUCGUUUCCUCUGCCCUUUUGGCCAUGACAUUUCGGCAUUAGCCUCUUCCCAGCGAGAGUUUCUUCCCGUGGCCCAGCUGCCUCUCUGCGCAGUGGAGAGCUUGCAGGUCAGGCUGUGCUGCCGCGCGGUGUUCCUGAGCCCUGACGAAAGGCUCAGCCUGCUGGUGAGCGAUGCUCCAGACCUGUCAGCCGGGAUCACCUGCCUGUUUGGAAACCUCACUGAGGUGGAAGGUCGGGUCGCGGGCAGCCAGGUUGUGUGCGUUUCGCCAGCAGCUAAAGAUGUCCCUGCCAUACCUGUGGAUCAAGACUGGUUUGGCGUCGUGUUGCAGCUGAAAUCUAGGGAGACCGGGCAGACGUUUGUCAGCACGGAGUUCAAGUUCUACAACUGCAGCGCCCACCAGCUGUGCCUGUCCUGUGUGAACAGCGCCUUCCGCUGCCACUGGUGCAAGUACCGGAACCUCUGCACCCACGAUCCCACCACGUGUUCCUUUCAGGAAGGACGGAUCAACAUCUCUGAGUAUCUCUAUGAUGGGAUGGACAUAAGCAACUUAGCAGUGGACUUCGCUGUGGUUUGGAACGGGAACUUUGUUAUCGACAACCCAGAGGAUUUGAAAGUUCACCUGUACAAGUGCGCGGCCCAGCGGGAGAGCUGCGGCCUGUGCCUAAAGGCCGACCAGAAGUUCGAGUGCGGCUGGUGCCGCGGCGAGGCCAAGUGCACGCUGCGCCAGCAUUGCAGCUCCCCCGCCGUUCAGCCCUGGCUCGACUGGUCCAGCAGAAACGUCAAGUGCUCGAAUCCACGUAUCACCGAGAUCAUGCUAAUAACGGGCAGGCCUGAAGGGGGGGUGGUAGUGACCAGCCGCGGCGUCAACCUGGGCCUGGAUUUCUCCGAGAUUGCCCACAACGUGCAGGUGGCCGGGGUGCAGUGCACGCCGCUGCCGGAGCAGUACGUCGUCGCCGAACAGAUCGUGUGCGAGAUGGGGCAGGCGCUGCCGGGGAUCAGCUCCGGCCCCGCGCUCCUCUGCAUCGGCGAGUGCGAGCCCGAGUUCACGGCCAAGUCGGCGCAGCACUACGUGUUCGUGAAUCCAUCAAUAAGUUUUCUGAAUCCCAGUCGCGGCCCGGAGUCGGGAGGCACCAUGGUGACCAUCACUGGCCAUUACCUGGGAGCGGGCAGCAGCGUGUCGGUGUCCCUGGGAAACCAGACCUGCGAGUUCUACGGGCGAUCCAUGAGUGAGAUUGUGUGUGUAUCUGCCCCGUCCGCGCACGGCCUGGGGUCUGUUCACGUCUCAGUGAGUGUUGAUCGGGCUCAGCUCGAGAGGACCUUGCUGUUUGAGUACAUCGACGAUCCGAAAGUGCAGCACAUCGAGCCUGAGUGGAGCAUUGCCAGCGGACACACGCCUCUGACGGUCACCGGGUCCAACCUGGAUGUGAUCCAGGAGCCAAGGAUUCGUGUCAAGUACAACGGCAAGGAGUCUGUCAACGUCUGCAAGGUGGUGAACGCCACCGCCCUGACGUGCCUGGCACCCGCGCUCACCCCCGAAUACCGGCCCGGCCUGGAUGCCGUCGAGCGCCCGGACGAGUUUGGGUUUAUCUUUAACAACGUGCAGGCUCUGCUGGUCUAUAAUGACACGAAAUUUAUAUACUACCCAAACCCAACGUUUGAACUCCUGAGCCCUACGGGGGUGCUGGAGCAGAAACCCGGAUCGCCCAUCAUCCUCAAGGGCAAAAAUCUGUGCCCACCCGCUCCGGGAGGAGCAAAGCUGAACUAUACCGUCCUGAUCGGCGAAACGCCCUGCGCCGUCACAGUGUCGGAGACCCAGCUGCUUUGUGAGCCCCCGAAUCUCACCGGCCAGCACAAAGUGAUGGUGCGCGUUGGUGGCAUCAUCUUCUCCCCUGGUUCAGUGAGCGUCGUCUCGGACAGCCUGCUGACCCUGCCGGCCAUUGUCAGCAUCGCAGCUGGAGGCAGCCUGCUCCUCAUCAUCGUCAUCAUCGUGCUCAUCGCCUACAAGCGCAAGUCCCGCGAGAAUGACCUCACCCUCAAGAGGCUCCAGAUGCAGAUGGACAACCUGGAGUCGCGGGUGGCCCUGGAGUGCAAGGAGGCUUUUGCAGAGCUGCAGACAGAUAUCAAUGAACUGACCAGCGACCUGGAUCGUUCAGGGAUCCCGUACCUUGACUAUCGGACUUAUGCAAUGAGGGUGCUUUUCCCAGGCAUUGAGGACCAUCCCGUCCUACGGGAGCUGGAGGUCCAAGGGAACGGGCAGCAGAACGUGGAGAAGGCCUUGAAGCUCUUUGCGCAGCUGAUCAACAACAAAGUGUUUCUGCUGACGUUCAUCCGAACGCUGGAGCUGCAGCGCAGCUUCUCCAUGCGCGACCGUGGCAACGUGGCCUCCCUCAUCAUGACGGGCCUGCAAGGCAAGCUGGAGUACGCCACCGACGUGCUGAAGCAUCUGCUCUCCGACCUAAUCGAGAAGAACCUGGAAAACAAGAACCACCCCAAACUGCUCCUGCGCAGGACAGAGUCAGUGGCUGAGAAGAUGCUGACCAACUGGUUUGCCUUCCUCCUCCACAAGUUCCUCAAGGAAUGUGCUGGAGAGCCCCUCUUCAUGCUCUACUGUGCCAUCAAGCAGCAGAUGGAGAAAGGUCCAAUUGAUGCCAUCACAGGAGAAGCUCGUUACUCCCUGAGCGAGGAUAAGUUGAUCCGGCAGCAAAUCGAGUACAAAACUCUGAUCCUGAACUGUGUGAACCCGGAUAAUGAGAACAGUCCAGAGAUCCCUGUGAAGGUGCUGAACUGUGAUACCAUCACUCAAGUCAAAGAGAAGAUCCUAGAUGCAGUAUACAAAAAUGUCCCAUAUUCUCAAAGACCAAGAGCUGUUGACAUGGACUUGGAGUGGCGCCAGGGCAGGAUAGCUCGUGUGGUCCUGCAGGAUGAAGACAUCACCACCAAGAUCGAAGGAGACUGGAAGCGACUGAACACCUUGAUGCAUUAUCAGGUGUCGGACCGCUCAGUGGUGGCUCUCGUUCCCAAACAGACCUCCUCUUACAAUAUUCCUGCCUCCGCCAGCAUAUCCCGAACGUCUAUCAGCAGAUACGACUCUACCUUCCGGUACACGGGCAGCCCAGACAGCCUGCGCUCCAGGGCUCCCAUGAUCACCCCGGACCUGGAGAGCGGGGUCAAAGUCUGGCACUUGGUCAAAAACCAUGAUCAUGGAGACCAGAAGGAAGGGGACCGGGGCAGUAAGAUGGUGUCUGAGAUCUACCUGACUAGGUUAUUAGCUACAAAGGGUACACUGCAGAAAUUUGUGGACGACUUGUUUGAGACGUUGUUCAGCACUGUGCACCGAGGCAGCGCGCUCCCCCUGGCCAUAAAGUACAUGUUCGAUUUCUUGGAUGAGCAAGCAGAUAAGCACGGCAUCCAUGACACAGAUGUGCGGCACACAUGGAAGAGCAAUUGCCUCCCUCUCCGUUUCUGGGUGAAUGUAAUCAAAAACCCACAGUUUGUGUUCGAUAUCCACAAAGGCAGCAUCACAGACGCCUGCCUCUCGGUUGUGGCUCAGACCUUCAUGGAUUCGUGCUCCACCUCCGAGCACCGCCUGGGCAAGGAUUCCCCCUCCAACAAGCUGCUCUACGCCAAGGACAUCCCCAGCUACAAGAGCUGGGUGGAGAGGUAUUACGCAGACAUUGCCAAGCUCCCAGCCAUCAGUGACCAGGAUAUGAACGCCUACCUCGCGGAGCAGUCACGCCUGCACUCUGCCGAGUUCAACAUGCUGAGCGCGCUUAACGAAAUCUACUCCUACGUCAGCAAAUACAGCGAAGAGCUCAUUGGGGCUUUGGAGCAGGAUGAACAGGCACGUAGGCAGCGUCUGGCAUACAAAGUAGAGCAACUUAUUGGUGCCAUGUCUAUUGAGAGCUGAAGAAAGCUUGUGAUGCUCGCGGAGAAGAGCAGGGUAUUGCAAAGACUCUCGGGAGUUAAGAGCAAGAACAAGCAAGAAAGGCACUGGACACAAAUAAAUACCGAGGUGUUUUCUAGAGGGAGCAGACGCUGGCCCAAGGACUUGCUAUGUUCAAAAUCACAUAGAAUGCUGUUUGAAAAGACAGAAAAAAAAUAGACAAAGCAUCUCAAUCAGAA